AUGCCCAGACUACGUAGACAAUCGUCUCAACAACGUCAACGUUUAACGGCAUUGAGAGUUCGUACGCAUAGAGACCAAAAUCCUGCGGAUGGGGAAAGGAACGCUCGCAUUUUAGCCACAAGAAGGCAGGAUGCCGAAUUUAGGGAUGCCGAGCGUGAAAGAGACCGCAUUGCUCGACAAUCGAGGAGAAGGUCCUCCUUCAACAGAGCAGUUGAGCAGUUACGCGAUAUGGCUCAACAUUCUCGUCGCCGAUUGGAUGAAAAUUACCGACUUAUAGAACAAGAACGCAAUACGACGGAGCAUUCGAUCCGUCGAGAAAACGAAAGCUAUAGGCAGGUGGAAAGAGAACGGGAUGCCGAAGGACAUCGUAUACGCAGAGAAAAUGAAAGCAUUCGACAAACUGAAAGAGAGCGGGAUGCCGAAGGACAUCGUAUACGCAGAGAAAAUGAAAGUAUUCGACAAAUUGAAAGAGAGCGGGAUGCCGAAGGACAUCGUAUGCGUAGAGAAAAUGAAACUUAUCGCCAAACAGAAAGAGAGCGGGAUGCUGAAGAACACCGCAUUCGUCGCCAGGACGUUAAUUUCCAAACAUCGGAACAAGAACGAAAUACAGCCGAACGUUCACGUCGUCGGGAAAACGAAGACUAUAGACAAGCGGAAAGAGAACGGGAUGCCGAAGAACAUCGUGUUCGUAGGCAGGACAUAACGUAUAGAUUGUUCGAGCAGGAACGAAAUACUGCCGAACAUUCAUUACGCCGGGAGGAUGAAAGUUAUCGACAAGCUGAACGAGAGAGGGAUACUGAAGCACACCGUAUUCGUCGACAGGAUAUUUCGUACCGCUUGUCCGAGCAAGCUAGAAAUACCCGUCGCCGAUUCAUUCGUCGGCUUGAUAUUACAUAUAGACAGGCAGAACGUUUAAAUGACUCGGAACAACAUAUUGUUCGAAGAACGAAUCAAGUAUACCGCAUUUCUGAGCAGCAACGCAAUACCCAACAACGUCGUGAAGCUAGACGACUUAAUCGAUACAACCGCCAAUGUGCUGUAAGGGGUGCCGUUGUUAAUGUACCAAUUCAAUUAGAUAAAACAGUGAAUGUACUUCCACGAAACUUUAAUCAAACGGAAGUUGUUCAAGUUCAUCUAAAGCGUAGGCUACAAUAUGAACAAAGUUUCAUGACCGAAACCAUACGACCAGCAAAAAUUUACGAGGCAGCAAGAUAUCUCAUAAAUACAGAACUGUAUACGAAACAUAAUAUAGUUCUUUCCGCGGAAUGGUUGAAUAAUGUUAGUUCUGCUGAAGAAAUACCUUUCGUUUCCAACGUGGAAGACGCAGAGGUAGUCUCUCAAUUAAUAAAUAAUAAUUUAGCACAGGAUGAUAUUGAAGAAGUGAACCCACAAGAAACUUUAUUAGAUAAUAAUCCUGUAGAAAAUAUGCCAUUGCAGCGUAUUUCCGUGGCUCCCGGCGAAGGACAGCGGCCGUUAGAUAUGCUCUUGGACGAGGAUUCUGAGGAACUUUCCUAUCCUACAAUAUACUGCG